GAAACAGGUGACUCACGUCGCACAAUACUGAGAAAGACGCCCUCUUUACAAACCCGAGGUUGCGCUGCUGCUGUAGGCUUUUGAUCGUGUCUCUGUUGUGUUUGUAGCCUAUUUUCUCUAGACUUGUCUGAAUAAGGAAAUGUAAUAGGAAUCCAGCACCACCGAGGGUGAGAAGUGACUCGCUCUACAACGUAGACUACUGUAAUUUACUCCGUAAAUAAAAAGUAGCUAUAAACGCACGUAUGAAUGCUUUGAUUUACCUGGACUAUUGCGGAAAGACCAAGGAAGGUGAUAGCCAACAUUUACGCACGGAUUGGGUAUUCUGAUUUUUAACCAUGGGGAAAAGAGCCGCGCUGGCGACUUACGAUAAAGAGUUCAGCUUUGUCAGCCCAGUUGUCAAAUAUCUACUUUUCCUUUUUAAUUUAAUAUUUUGGACAGAACAAGAUAGCGAUGUCUUGUAUCAGGGUCCAGAGUCACAUCCACUGCUCAUUGCUGGACCCUCUUCAUCUCAGCAUCACACAACUUCUCCAUCUCCUUGGUAACGGUAUCCUCCAGCUGAGACGCAGCUCUCCUUAAGUUCCCCAUACACAGAUCACAGUAAACACUAAUCUUAGUCCAGUCCCUGGUGUUCAUGGGGUGCACAGGGACGGGAAACUCUGGACUAGAUGAAGGUCCUCAGUGUGUGAAAUCUGCUCUAGCUCAGUGCUUCUCCUCUUUAACUCAGUGAUUUCCUCCAGCUUUUUAAUGAGCCCUUCAGCCCGCCUCUCUGCUGAUUUCUGCUUCUUCUCAAUCACCCCAAUGAGCUCAGCCUGGCUUCUUUCAAUGAACUCCACCAGAGCAGUGAAGAACUGCACAUUUGCUAUUUCUCGAUUUGCGUCUUUCUUGCUGGCCUCCACAGAGCGUUUUGAUAUCACUGAUCUUCUGCAGUCGCUCCCGGAUCAUUUGCUGCACUUGUGACUCCGUCUUCCCCAGCUGAGCCUUCCUCUCCCCAAACUCUUCCUCGAGAGGGACGGUGUGAUGAUCUCAUUGGUGUUGAUGUCUAUUGGCAUUUACGCCAGGAUGAUGAAACAUGCCGAGGCAGCCAUGGCCUGUCUAGCGGUGGACCCUGCCAUCCUGCUGCUGAUCGUGGGGGUGCUCAUGUUCUUCAUCACCUUCUGUGGCUGUGUGGGCUCCCUCAGAGAGAACAUCUGCCUCCUACAGACAUUCUGCAUCUUCCUGACAAUCAUCUUUCUGCUGCAGCUAGCUGCAGGUGUCCUGGGCUUCGUCUUCUCAGAUAAGGCACGGAAUAAAGUGAGUGAGAUUAUCAACAAUGCCAUCGUUCACUACAGGGAUGACAUUGACCUCCAGAACCUCAUCGACUUUGGUCAGAAAGAGUUCAGCUGUUGUGGAGGUGUCACCUACACCGACUGGUCUCAGAACAUGUACUUCAACUGCACCACAGACAACCGCAGCCGAGAGCGCUGCUCUGUUCCCUUCUCCUGCUGCCUGCUGUCUAAAGAUGAGGCGGUCAUUAACACAAUGUGUGGUCAGGGGAUGCAGGAGCUGCCAUAUCUGCAGGCUGGUGCCUUCAUCCACACCAAUGGCUGCAUCGACAAGCUGGUCAACUGGAUCCACAGCAACCUGUUCAUGCUAGGGGGCAUCGCCCUGGGUCUGGCCAUCCCACAGCUGGUGGGGAUCCUCUUGUCUCAGAUUCUGAUCAACCAGAUAAAGGACCAGAUUGAGCUUCAGAACUACAACCUGCAGCACCGUACUGACCCUUGGCAGUAACCUGGUCAUGAUCAGGUCCUACCCAAUCAAACUGGACCAGGACUAGGUCAUCAACCCCAGGGUCACCCAGGGGGUGUGGGAGUCUGGAAUUCUAACCCCUUUCUGCUAGAUGGGGCUCAAGCUUUCAUGUAGAUGGUGUUCAUUUUCAAGGCUGCUUGAUCAUUUCAAUGGUGCAAGGACUGGCUUUGAGGCUAAAGAUUCUGGCUGGAUGAUCCACCAUUUGACAAGAGUCGAGGUGGUCUGCUCUCUUUCUGCGUUCUUGACUCUCUUGCGUGUCUUUUUGUUCAGUAUAUAAUCUAACCAACUGAGCUACCAGAACCAAUGGUUUAUUUCCUGAAUGGGUUGAUGUAGCUGAGGGACCAGACCCAUGUGGAUUAGCUGAGAAACCAAGGUUCCGAAAAGGUCUAGAUGCCUGGACAGUGUGUCAAUGUGUGAUUGUUUCGUUUUAGCUCACCCAGUAUUCUGGAUGGGUGGAGUUUUCACUUUAUGACCAAUGGAAUGGUCAAUGUUGAAACUCUGCCCACCCUGUGCCCCAGGGGAGCUAAAAUCAAUGCAUCUAAUCAGGAAGUACUCCAGCCAGACAGCCAAUGGAGAACUCCUCCAUUCACAGCUAUUCGUCAUUUGACUCAUCUCAAAUAUGGCACGAUCUGUAAUUUAUUGAAAAGGGAAAAAACCCAGCAACCGGAGUCCAAACCCUGCUGAAAUAAUGUAGACUCUGUCCAGUUCCUUUUUUGUCAAUGUGGUUUACGACAUUGAUCUGUUAUUUAUAUCCAUCCAGUUAUCUGCUAAUACUCUCAUAGAGUUGAGAACAAGACAAUUCUGUCGGCCCUUCUCAAAUAUGAAAGAGCAAACCCAAGUAAUGUAAUAAGCUCAUUAGCUUUACAGUCAAUUUAGCUUGUGUGUAUGUUAAAUCUCCCAACUGUAGUUUGCCAUGCAUGCUAUAACAAGUUUUAUAAACUGGGUUGUUUGAUCCCUGAAGCCUUUCUUUUUACUGCGCCAAUUAUGUUGGUAACCAGUUUGUAAUAGCAAUAAGGCACCUUGGGGGUUUGUGGUAUAUGGCCAAUAUACCACGGCUAAGGGCUGUUCUUAGGCAAGAAGCAAUGCUGAGGCAGCGUAGCCUAGUGGUUAGAGUGUUGGACUAGUAACCGGAAGGUUGCGAGUUCAAACCCCCGAGCUGACAAGGUCGUUCUGCCCCUGAUGGCCUGGGAACAGUUAAGAAUGUGUUCUUAACUGACUUGCCUGGUUAAAUAAAGGUAAAAUUAAAUAUUGGCGAUAUACCACACCCACUCGAGCCUUAUUGCUUAAAUAAAUCAUUGCACCUACAGCAUUUACAGUAAAGUGUUACCCAAUUGAUUUCUACACAUUUUAAGGGAUAUUCCAAUUUAGUUUUACAUCAAAACCAUUCACACAGAGUAAAUCGUUGUCCCCCCUUUACCUCCAGAACAGCCUGAAUUCUUCAGGGCAUAGAUUCUACAAGGUGUGGCGUUCAAACGUUGCUCUAUUGGUAUCAUGGGACUUAAUGUUUGCCAGGAAAACAUUCCCCACACCAUUACACCACCGCUACCAGCAUGUAUCGUUGACACCAGGCAGGAUGGUGCCAUGGACUCAUGCUGUUUACGCCAAAUCCUGACUCGUUGGACCAGACAAUGUUUUUCCACUCCUCAGUUGUCCAGUGUUGGUGAUCGCGUGCCCACUGGAGCCGCUUCUUCUUGUUUUUAGCUGAUAGGAGUGGAACCUGGUGUGGUCGUCUGCUGCAAAUAGCCCAUCCGUGACAAGGACCGACGAGUUGUGCGUUUCGAGAUGCUGCCUGUUAGCUUGCACGAGUUUUGUUUGUCUCACCAUUCUCGGUAAACCCUAGACAAGCCCAGGAGACCGUCUGUUUCUGAGAUCCUGGAACCGGCACACCUGGCAUCGACGAUCAUACCACGCUUAAAGUCACUUAGGUGACUGGUUUUGCCCAUUCUAACAUUCAAUCAACAUUAACUGAAUGCCUAUCUGCAUGCUUUAUAGAGCAAGCCAUUGACAGGUGACUCACUGUCUGUAGGAGCGACCCAUUUUUGUGAACGGGGUGGUUUAUCUAAUAAUCUGGCCACUAAGUGUAUAUUUCAAGCUAAAUUGACUGUAAAUACAUUCCUUUCAAUAGAGCAUAUAUUUUGGAUAUGAAGCAUUGUGGGUAUCCAUACAGACCAAUAAUGUAAUUGUAGUUUAUUACUCACUGAGCUACUAGGGGAUUUCCCCAUUUGAAAGCGCAACAGAAAGGCCUGAUUUUAUAAUAAACAGUCUUAUUUUCCGUAACGCCUUUUACACAAGCACUGGUGUUUAGAUUGGCAAGCACUACAACGCUGGAGUUUACACUAAUGCUGUGACUCUCCAUAACAUAACCAUGUUGGGCCGUCAGCUAGACCGGUUGGCAUUACCCCUCACAGGGGUUGUGUUCAUUAGAGCACGCGACGGAAAAUGAAAUUGAGCGCUUCUUAUGGGACAAGUCCUGUUUUAGUCCGUUUUGUUCCUAAUGAACAUGACCCAGUUAGGUCCACUGGGAAUAGCAGUUUUUUUUUUCUCAAAAUGUGGGUCAACAUACUGUUACUGGUCAAGACUACUGAUUAGCUCUGUAUUUAAACGGUACAGGUGGGUGUGGAAUUCAUUCUAGUAACUGACCCAUGUAAAAUCCUAACAAUUAACAUUAAAAAACACUUUUACAUGUCAAAAUUAGUUCCACAAUUCCCCUUAGGUACAGAGAGUAUUUACUUUGACUCUACGUGGUAAAAUGGUAAUUACUCUCUUAUGUAAAGACAAUAUCUUGUGAAUUCUUUAUUUGUUUCUUUGGGAAUCAUCACAACAAUAUAUAAUAAAUAAUAAGCACUCCAAUCCAUGUAUCAGCUAGUUGGUUACCAAUUGUGUUGAAUUCAUGUAAUUAGUGCCAGAAACUACCCAAUGACACCAUUUCUAAUUGUCCUAAUAAACGGCAGGUAAAUACCAGUGGAAA